AUGAAUUGGGACAAGGAGAUGGUCUUGACUUCUCAGCGAGCUGCGACGACUCUGUUCCAAGCCGGAGUGGAUUUUGAAGCAAACUGGUCAUCUGGUGUACGGGCGUACAAGAGAGUAAAUGAGGAACAAAUGAAGAUGGUCAGCAGGAUUCUCACCAGUAAGAAGCCAAAAACCGAGGAAGUACCAUGCAAAGCGGAACACAAGGCUUCAACUCCAGAAGAUGAUUCAAGUGACCCUGAGGAGAAUGGAAAAAGGGGAAGGAGGUCCCGCCGGUUCCAAUUUAUUAACUUCAUUGUGCAGAUAUUGUGAAAAAAUACAUCAUUUUGAAUGGUU